UUUGGAUUUGAGCGUGACAGCAAUAAUACACUGAAUAGCUGACUUAGCGAAAGUCCAUAAAUUAUUAUUUAUUCUUUGAACUUCAAGUGAACAUUCAAGAGCAGAAAAGCAAUAAUAUUCUUCAUUCUCCCACAUCAUGUCGGCAGAAGAUAGCAAAAUGAAGCUAGAAGAAAUGGCUAAGGCUAGAACAAAUGGAGUUGAAGUCAAUCCAUUUGAGAAAUCAUUUAUACAAUACAAUACCCCUGCUUCAGCUACAGCAGCGACAGCAACGACAAAUGGAGGUCCAUUGUUCACACCAGGUUUGAAUAGUUUUUUGGAAUCUUUUGGUAGCGACAACUCGUCAUUUAAUCCAUAUGUACCACAACAACAGCCUCAGAGGAGCAUCCACAGUGGGAUCGAAAGAGAAGUAGAUAGAAAUGAUCACAAUUAUGUCAGUCCAUCGAAGAGGAAGUCUAAUAAGAAACCAUGGCGUGAAGUAGAUUUAGAUGACACACCAGAGCUUAUGAAACCUGUCGGUAGAGCAGGUAAUCCCAAUCUACAUGUAUCUCAAGAUGGUCGGGAACUCUCAACUGAGGAGCGUAAGAAACUCAUGUUAGACCGCAACAGAGAGGCUGCCUCGAGGUGCAGACAAAGGAAGAAAAAUUGGAUCAAUCAAGUACAGGACCAGGCUGACUUGUUACAGAAAGAAAACGCACAAUUGAGAGAUGAGAUACUGAAAUACAGGCAUUUGGUACUAGAAUUGAGAGAACAGUGUACUGAAUUGAAAGCAUCGCUGGCCAAUAAGGAAUAUAAAAAUGGUAGUAUCGUUAUUUAAUACACCGGUAUUAUAGGUGUAUUAACUUUCUUGUCGGUGUAUUUGCGUAUUUGGUUAAAAUCUUCACUCUGGGGUCUUAUUAAUGAAUUGGAUAUCUACAAGAGAGAAAAAAGAAGCAAUAGAAAGAUGUGAGCUUCAGAUCGAAUGUAUGAUGGCACUAGUCAAUCUAACUUUCGCCAUAUCAAUAAAAGGUCUCUCUCAUCAAACUGAGAUUCAUUCUCAUCAAGUUGAGUGCCUCUUCAAUUACGCGAUCUUUUUCUGCGACUAUCUUUCUCCAUUCUUUAUCUCUCUUCUUGUAGUCUCUAAUUUUUAGGUUCUUUUUAGUGUCUGAAUUGAAUUUAAGUUUGCAGAUCGUCAUGUCCUAAAAUGUUAUGAGUGUUCACCGGAAGCAAAAUUGAGAAUUACAUUAUACAUCGUACCCUUGGCAUUUGCUUGGCGUUUUUGUGUAACGAUAGUAGCCGUUUUCUUGACAGCUUUUGGCUGAGUACGAUUGAU